AUGGAGUGCUGGCUUUACAUGGAGGUGCUUGGCCUGAACCGCAUGUACUGCGGGCGGGCGACCGCCACUUGGCAGCACGAGGGGUCCCUCACGCUGGCGCAGCGGCAGGCCAUGGCGCACCUCCUGUCGCGGGCUGAGGUCUUUGCGGAGGACCCCUUCGCGAGCGUGGAGGUGCCCGCGCUGUCGUCCGCCCUCCAGCACGCUGCCAUCGACUACAGCGGGGAGCCCGCGGUCAAGGCACUCCCGUGCGUGCUCGCGGAGCUGAAGCCGGGCUUGCCGCAGCCCGAGCACGCAGGCGCCUUGGACGCGUGCGAGUUCGUGGAUGCGGACAUUGGCGCCUGGCUGAACGACCCCUCGGUGGCGCUGAAGCCCGAGGCCGAGUGGCCCAACCCGCUCCCGAGGGCGCGGGUCAACGUCACCUCUGACAGCGACUGGGAGGCCCUCGCGGUGCACUUGGUGGAGCUGGGCAUCUUCACGGUGCUUGAGCCGCAUGAGGUGUUUCAGGUGCGGGGCGCUCCGCUCCUCAACGGCCUCUUCGCAGUCGAGAAGAAGGGAGCGCCUGGGCCAGGGGCCGAGCGGGUCACCAGGCUCAUCCUGAACAUGGUCCCAGGCAACUCGCUCCUCAAGCCGUUCGUCGGUGAGGCGUCUACACUCGCGGCGUCGACGGGCUGGACGACCCUUCACCUGCCCGAGGGCUCCCUGCUGCUGUGGUCUGGCGAUGACCAGAAGGGGGCCUUCUUUGUGUGGCGGAUCCCGCGCUGCUGGCAUGCUCACAUGGCGGUGGGCAAGGCGCUGCGCGGCGACCUGUUUGGGCGCGCGGCGCCGCGGGUCUUCGUCGCCUCAGCGGUCAUCUCGAUGGGUUGGAUGCUCGCCGUGCCGCUGUUCCAGCACAUACAUCGGCGAUUGUGUCGGCUUCCUCCCCCGCUUGGAGCGGGCCUACCGCCAGAGGCAGAAUGGCGGAAGGACACGGUGCGGCCGCUCGCUUUUGCUAAGCAGGGUCCCGUCCUUGCAUCUUGGUGGCAGGUAUACAUCGACGACUUCGACGCCCCCGAGAUCAUCGAGGAGGCCGCGGCGCUAGAGCUUCUUGGUAGCCAGGCAGAGUUGCAGGCCGCGGCCCGUGCCAGCUACGAGCGUGCGCAGGUGGCGAUCUCCUCCGACAAGGCGCACCUCCGCCAGCUUCGCGUUGAGAGGAUGGGGGCUUCCGUUGACGGCGUCACGGGGCGGAUCGGCGCCCCCCUCAGCAAGGCGUUGUCCGCCUGCGCUCUCGCCAUCGCGACGCUCGGCCUGGACUUGGUCCCGUGGAGGCUGGCCAUGACUGUGCUCGGCCGCAUUGUCAGGGUCUUCGAGUUUCGGCGGCCCUUGCUCAGCAUCUUGAAUGCAGUGUGGAGGCUUUCGGAGCCGCGGGCGAAGGUCUACCUGACGCGGGAGAUGAGGGAGGAGCUGAUGACGGCGCUCCUCGUGGUCCCGCUCGCCGCUACUUCGUUGAGGAGCCGCCUCGAAGGGAUGGCGUCGUGUUCAGACGCGUCCGAGUUCGGGGGGGGAGUCUGCGUGUCGACGGGCCUCCACGAGCAGGCGGAGGCGACUAUCCUCGCCGCCGGCGAGCCUGGCGCUCAGCUGGGCGCUGGGGCGAGGGUCCUCGGCCUGCCCGUCGAUCCGCGGGCGCCCUGGACUCGCAGCAAUCCGCGGAUCCCGCGGGCCAUCGUCGCCCGAAUCCUCAGAGUCCUCUGCAUCGGGCUGUUCGACGGCAUCGGCGGGUUGGCGGUCGCGCUCUCGCGCCUGCCCGUGCGCAUCGUCGGGUACGUGAGCGCCGAGACAGACGCCAAGGCCAGGAGGGUCGUACGGCUCAGGUGGCCAGGCGCCAUCGACUGGGGCGACGUCAGGACCGUGACCGCCCAGACGGUGGAGGACUUGAGGAUCGCCUACCAGUCCGAGGUCGACCUUGUGGUCGCGGGCGCAGGCAGCCCGUGCCAGGGGCUCACGGGGCUAAACGCUGCUGGGCGAGGCCUGGCCGACCCGAAGUCUUCGGUCUUCUUCGAGGUGCCGCGCAUCUUCGGGCUGCUGUCAGACGCUUUCGGGGCGAGUUUCAGGUGGUUCGUGGAGAACGUCGCGGGCAUGACGUCCAGCAGCCUGCGUGGCAUGAACCAGGCCCUCGGCGUCAAGCCCGUGUUUCUGUGCACCUCGGCCCUGGUGCCCUGCAGGAGGCCGCGGCUGUAUUGGCUGAGCUGGAGCGUCCGCCCGACCCCGCCGCUGGUCCUCCAGGAGCGCGAGGAUAUGUUCGUGGUCAGCUGCAAUGAGCCGCCCCUGUUGAAUUUCGAUUGGCGGGAUCCUGGCGCGCGCUGGCUGGGCGAGCCUGGGCCUUACCCCACCCUCGUGUGCAGCAGGCCUCAGCGGGGCUACCCUUCAGCGCCGCGCGGGGUGAAGAGUGCUUCGCCCGAGGCGCUCGCUCGCUGGCAGUCGGAUUCGUAUCGCUACCAUGUUGCGCUCUACGAAGAGAAAAACCUCUUGCAGGACAGCGACGGAUCCUUGCGAGUCCCUUCGAGCUCCGAGCGGGAGAGGAUGAUGGGAUUCGACGUGCGUUACACGGCUGUAGCCACGAAGGGCUCGAACCAGCAGGAUAGCGACGACGCCAGGUCCUUCCUACUGGGCAACAGCUUCAAUGUGUUCUCGGUCGCUUGGCUGCUGCAGUGGCUCUUGCUGAACCUGGGGGCCGUGACGCGCCCACUGUCCAUGCAGGAGCUUCGGCACGUCGGCGAAUGCACGCCGUCGUGGGACGAAGCGGGCCGCUUCGAGAGCGACGCGGGGGAGCCAGAGACCGAAGCCAGCCGUCUCUUGCUCCUCAGCUACCUGGCCAGGUCCGAGAAGGGCGGGAGCGAUGUGCGUCUCGACGUGAACCUGCCGUACCGACCGAAGGGGUGGCCCAGAUCGUCGCUCGACCCGUUCGUGUGGAAGUGGCGAGUCGUGCUGAGUAUAGCUUGGCCCAAGCGGCAGCAGGCGCACAUCAACGUCAGGGAGCUGCAGGCCGCGCUCGCGGCGCUUCGGUGGCGGGCUCGUGCCGCUCGCCGCCACUGCAGCCGCUGGCUCCACCUCGUGGACAGCCAGGUCGUCGCGGCCAUCAUCACGAAAGGCCGGAGCAGCAGCGCUCGCUUGCAGCCGAUGCUCCGGCGCUGGGCAGCGGUCGCGGUCGCGGCCGACAUGUACCCGCUGAUCGGGUACAUCGUGUCAGAGAACAAUCCGGCCGACGAGCCAUCGAGAAAGCUGUGGCGUGGCUCGCGGCUCAGGGGGCGGCGUGACCCGCGCGCCCACACCCUCUCGUCGCUCCGCGUCGGGGUGGCGACCCGCAGGCGGUACGCCGUUGCGGUCCGCAGGCUCUUGCACUACUACGGCGCUGAGGAGAGUGGCGCGCCCGCGCUCGCACUGGCCAUGGACGAUGCAGACGGCUUGGUCGCUGGCUUCCUCGAGAAGCUCUGGGCCGAGGGCGCUGGCAUUGCGGCUGCGAGCAACACCAUCGCAGGUGUGGCCUUCCUCUGCCCGUCUUUGCGCAGGAAGCUCGACUUGUCCUGGUCACUGCUGCGGACGUGGCGCCGCCAAGAGCCAGCGGCGCGCGUGCUCCCGCUGACCGCGGAGCUGGUCGGCGGCAUGGCGGGCUACGCCAUCGCAGCAGGCGCCUUCGACUUCGCCUGCCUUCUUCUCGUCAGCUUUGAAGCGAUGCUGCGAGGGGGGGAAGCUUUCAGCCUCACUGCAGGCGAUGUUCAUGAUCGCGGAUCGUGCAUGGUCAUCCGCAUUGGCAGCAGUAAGACCACGGCGGGAAAGGAUGCAGCUGAGGCCGUGGUGGUGCGAUCUAAGGCCUGCGUGCGGCUGCUGCGGCUGGUCGUGGCCAAUCUCGGGCCUUCAGACAGGCUUUCGCCCAGAUCGCCGAACCAGCUGAAGGCAGGAUUGCAGCGCUUGGCCGAAGUGCACCGUGUCUCGGUGCUGGCCUGUCCCUCCGUGAUUCGGGUGCACCGUGUCUCGGUGCUGGCCUGUCCCUCCGUGAUUCGGGUGCCCGAGCCGCCCAAGGAGAAGGAGGAGGACGCCGCUCCGGACCCCGACAAACGGCCAAAGCUGAAGGAGACCGUUGAGUUCUUGACCAAGGAUUCGACUGACACCACUCUGAACAUCAUGCCCUCGGUGCACGGGAACGUCCUCAUGGCACUCUCCGACGGCGGAAUCCAGCACCUGCUCGCCGGGGCCCGCGCCAGCGUCGGCAUCUCCUCCGGGCGCUACAUGUUCGAGGUGAAGAUGGUCGAGCUGCUGCAGCCGGCCGACACGAGCGGGCAGAAGGGCGGGCGGCCGCCGCAGCCCACGAACGUGCUGCGCAUAGGCUUUUCGACGUCCAGCUCGGGCCUCGUCCUCGGGUCCUCGGAGGACGACAACUUCUUCUUCGACGUUGCGGGGUCUUUCACCCACAACAAGACGACCAGCAAGGUUGCGGAGGGGUUCGGCCGCGACAACGUCGUGGCGGUGCUGCUGAACCUGGACGCCGCGAGCCCGAACGCCGACACGGUCAGCCUUUUCAGGGACGGCACGCGCAUCUGCCAGCCGCAGCCGAUCCCGGAUGCGCUGAAGGGCAAGACGCUUUUCCCGGCGGUGACGUUCAGGAAUAUGACAGUGCACGUGAAUUUCGGCCCCACGCCCGCGGCCCCGCUGCCCUUCCAGUGCCGCACGCUGCAGGACGCCGCGCAGAAGGACUGCGAGGUGGUCACCGAGGCGAAGCCCAAGACUGGCGUGUACGACGUCCUGUACCCCGUGUGCCUUCCAGACGAGGGAACGUUCGACUGGCUCGACGCUUAUCUGGAGAAGAAUCCGGGCCACAUCGAGUUGAGCGAUCGCAUGAUCCUCGACUGGGCCGACAAGAGCGGGAUCUGGAGGAACAGGGGCUACAGCUGGAAGGCCUCCAACGACAAGCCCGACCCGCAGUUCGGGGUGCCUAGCUUGGACGACGGCAGCAUCAAGAAGAUGCUCUACUCCAUGGCGACUGCCCAGCAGCGCAAUUUCAUAGUCAUGGAGGUGCAGGGCAACCUGACGAAGGAGGAGCGGCAGGCGACCCUGAAGAAGUUCAGCGCGCCCCACUUUAAGCAGUCGGCCUUGGUGCUCGUGGGCGAGCCGACCAAGGCCAUUAAGGACAAGAUGCAGGCCCUGAUCUUGAAGGAUAAGCAGGAGAAGCAAGACCUCGAGUGUUGCAUCCAGUUGCUGCCCAUUUUAGAAGCGAGGAUCAGUGGCUUCCCGAGCAUGGCGAUCACUGCAAUUUACUGCUCCGACUCGGUCUUCAUCGAUCGGUCCUAUCGCUCUCCCUGGCAGCUUGUCGUGUUCGUGGUCAUCGGCAUGCGGUGGGAGUUGAGGUCAAGCAGCAAGAACAGGCUGGACAGCAUAGCGGCCACCCAAUUCACCAAGGAAGGGGCCCUCCAGGGGGGGUCCACCACCCACUACCACCACCACGUCGUGAAGGGUGCGCUGGCGGUCAAGCCGAACAGCACGGGAGACCAGUACGGGAUAGCCUUCGCCACGAGCCAGGAGGUGGAGCGCUGCCAGUUCACUUCGGAGGAGGCAAGGGAAGUGAUCAGGAUGGCCAUGUGCAGGGCGGAGGUUGUCGUGGCGGAAGUCCUGAUCGACCAGCCCGAAGAACCGCCCAAGGACUCAGGCGGACGCCUGGAGGUGCCCGCGGAUGCAGCCCAGGUCGGCAUUUUCGGCACUGCUCACGGGAGCGUGCCACACACGGCUCAGCAGCCGGCCAGCCUCAACCACUCCUAG